CAGCUGCUUUCCGGUGUCUUUAAAUACUCAGCCAUUAAUCUGAACCCGACACCGAUGGUGUUUUUUAACCGAAAAGAAUCGAAAUACAUUAUGGCUAUACCCAUUAGCUGAGCGAUUAAGGAGUUAAUGUGUCAUUCUGUGCUUUUAUUUUAUUGUUUUAGAGCCGUCGUAUCGAAAAACGUGUGUUUUUUGAGCCCGAUCGUGCUCUGUGAUCGGUCUCGGUUCCUCUUUAUUUUCUGCCGCAGUCACAAACUGUUUCAGUUCCCUGUGAGCGGUUAACGGAAGCCUGCUGCUGCUGCUGCUAGUGAAGGCCAGCUAGCGGGGAGCCAUCGCGGUUCCAACCUAAACGGUUUAUAUAGUUAGGCUGGUUGACUUCCCAAUGUUUCGUCAGCAAACGAAACACUAAUGAUAUUAUUUUUAUUCGAUGUGUAGUGAAUGUGUUUGACCUUGUGGAGCUAGCUACGUCUGUUCGCGCAGUUAGGCCGUCUGCUUGUACGGUAGCAGGUUUGCUAGUGCCAGUAUCGGCUAGCUGGCUAACUUCUCUCUCGGCCAUAUAAUGCAGCUGCACUAGGACACUUUUACAUGAUAUCAAGCCUCGUCUAAAGGCAGUGUGAAGCAGAGAAAGGCUUGAGAGAAAAGCACAUACAGGCUCUUUGUGCCAGGGUUUGCCACCUCCAACACACCAUUUCCUGUGUGCCUUCCUCCUCAACAACAGCCAUGAGCUCGCCGAGAGAACCACAGGACACAGUGAACCUGCGCCUGAUCCUUGUGAGUGGUAAGACACAGGACUUCACCUUCUCCCCUAAUGACUCAGCCACCGACAUUGCUCGUCAUGUCUUUGAACACUGGCCCGCAGGAUGGGAAGAGGAGCAGGUGAGCAGCCCCAGUAUUCUAAGACUGAUUUUUCAGGGCAGGUUCCUGCACGGCAACGUCACACUAGGAGCCUUGAAGUUGCCUCCUGGCCGAACAACUGUUAUGCACUUGGUUGCCAGAGAGACACUGCCAGAGCCCAACUCUCAUGGCCAAAGAAACCGGGAGAAGACUACAGAAAGCAGCUGCUGCUUACUGCUGUAAAACAGAAGAGAAACCACCUUCCUGAUCCCUGAACAUGCCUUUUAUUCCUCUGUCCCUGUUCCCUUUUUUCUGCUCGCCAACCUGUGAUGCAUUCUGAAUGAUUAUAGAAUGGCUCAGAGGGUCAGAUCAAUUUUUCAUUCACUUUAUUCCUGUAUAGUAGCUGGAAACCUUCUGUGCCAAGUACUCAAUUUCAUUCUUUCAUUUGCCCUGUUUUCUUGCCAAAUGACUUUUUGCUUAGUAAAACCAUGAUCCUUUGUACAUAGAGCUCUAUUAAAAAUCCAAAUAUCAAAUAUCCAUAUAACUAAAAGGAAAAUAUAAAAUAGGAGUGAGAGAAACUGUGUAGAGAAUUUCUUGUACUCUAGAGGGAAUAUCAAGGUCCCUUUCUCCACAUAAUCAUAGAGUCUGACUGAAAAAGUGGUUUUGGACGUGGCUCAGCUCUUAAGGGCUAGCUGGCACAUAAACUCUCACAUCUGAUCAUCACCAUUGAUUGUGCUCUAUUUAGACUCAUAUCUAAAGCCCACAAUGGUUAACAGCACAUCACUUCACAGCUGACAACACAACCUGUUUGGAAAUCUCUUGCUUUGUACAAAUAGGAUGAGAGAGUUUUGCCAUGACAUUAUCGGUGGACUGAAGGGAUAUGCCAUUACCACCCCAUAUGCCUUUUGAUGCUGGACCAAGCAAGAAUUUGUACUCACUCAUAAGGCUUUUUUUCCCCUCUGAUGUGAUGGCUAUGUCGACACCUGUGCAUGCCCUAGUCUAGUGUUUUCUUACCUUGGGUGUGUACCUGACUUCUUGGAAAAACUGUUCACCUCUUGUGUUCUUGGAAGGUCUGUCUGCCUGAAAAGGAAGUGAAAAGGUUGCCAUAUGUUCUUGAACUGUGAGAAACUCAUCAUCUCCUUAGCCACAUAGUCACACUUUGUCUGCUAAGAUGUCCUGAGGGACCGUCACCACCGUCUGAUGCAAAGAAUAAUAAAAAGGGAAUUGUUAGUGGGCUCCUGCCUGAAAGCCUUGGCCAUAAAGGCUGCAUUGUAAGCCUGGUGGAUUCCUGGAGCACCCCGAUGAGCUCCACUGGCAUCGGAAAAGACUGCAAGUGAACAGGGGUGGCAUCCCUUAAUGGGCCUCACCAUCGGGUUAGGAGGAAAAAUGGAUGUUUUAUUUCCUAAUGUUUCUAUGCUGUCUGCUUUUCUUUUGACUUCAAAAUGUGGAAAAUUAAUAUUAAUAUUAAUAACAAUGGAAUUCUAAACAAAGUUAUUUGUAAUCUUGUGUCUGUAUUUCAGCUUUUAAUUGCUACACGUUUAAAAGUCGACUGGUGUGAGUGUGAGACGGGUUUUUGAAGAGGGAUGGCCCAAAUGAUAUGGGGGAUCAGAUCAAUGUCCAGUGGUCUUCACUCUUCCUUUGAGUGGUCAUCCCUCAGCGAGUGCGUAUUAAAAAAAACAUUGCUUAUAAAAUUAGCUGCAGAAUAUUAAAUGUAAAAAUACAGUAUGCCUAAAAUCCUGUAUUAUAAAUUAAUAAAAAAAAUCUUUCAACUAAA